AUGACGGCCAUUGUAUGCUUCAUCUGGUUACGCGAGCCUUUUACCUGGAAAGAAGCGCUUUGCAGCUUCGUCGCAUUCUGCGGCGUUCUCUUCGUCGCGAGACCACCAUGGCUAUUUCCCGCUUCGCACUCAAGGCCAAUAGCCGAUGACUCGGACGGGCAUGCACCGUUACCAUCAACUACCACCGAACAACGCGCUCUGGCAAUCCUCAUCGCGAUUCUAGGCACGCUUGGUGCUUCGACAGCCUACGCAACUAUCCGAGUGAUCGGCAAGCGCGCCCACUCGCUCAUCUCGGUGAAUUACUUUUCUCUCAUCGCAACGAUCGCCUCGUUCGUGCUCAUCCUGGUUCACCCUUCGUUACAUUUCGUCAUGCCCAAAACGCUCGGUCAGUGGGGAUUGAUCGCCAUUAUUGGACUCUUCGGGUUUCUGUUGCAAUUUCUCUUGACGGAAGGCCUGCAGAGGGAGAAAGGUGGAAGAGCAACAAACUUGACGUAUCUGCAACUUGUCUUCGCGCUUGUUGUCGAGAAGGUGAUCUGGGGAACUACACCGCCUGCUGAGAGCUUGGUGGGAGCCGUGCUUAUCAUCGGAGCGGCGAUUACGGUCAGUCUGCAGAGGUCGAGUGGGAAGGAUGAUAAGAAAGCUGAAGUUGUCGAAGAAGAGAGGAGGCUGUUGGAGGAUGAGAAUUGA